UCACUUGGGUGGUGAAGAUUUCGAUAACCGUCUCGUCAACCACUUUAUGCAAGAAUUCAAGCGCAAGUUCAAGAAGGACAUCUCUGGCAACGCUCGUGCCGUCCGUCGUCUUCGUACUGCUUGUGAACGUGCUAAGCGUACUCUUUCUUCGGCCGCUCAGACCUCCAUUGAAAUUGACUCUCUCUUUGAAGGUGUUGAUUUCUACACUUCUUUGACCCGUGCCCGUUUCGAAGAACUUUGCCAGGAUCUUUUCCGUUCCACCAUGGACCCCGUUGAGAAGGUUCUCCGUGAUGCCAAGAUUGACAAGGGUUCCGUCCACGAUAUUGUCCUUGUCGGUGGUUCCACCCGUAUCCCCAAGGUCCAGAAGCUCGUCUCUGACUUCUUCAACGGUAAGGAACCCAACAAAUCCAUCAACCCCGAUGAAGCCGUUGCCUACGGUGCUGCUGUCCAGGCCGCCAUUCUUUCCGGUGACACCUCUGAGAAGACUCAGGAUUUGUUGUUGUUGGAUGUUGCUCCUCUUUCGCUCGGUAUUGAAACCGCUGGUGGUGUCAUGACCGCCCUUAUCAAGCGUAACACCACCGUCCCCACCAAGAAGUCCGAAAUCUUCUCCACCUACGCUGACAACCAGCCCGGUGUGUUGAUCCAGGUCUUUGAAGGUGAGCGUGCUCGCACCAAGGAUAACAACUUGUUGGGCAAGUUCGAACUUUCCGGUAUCCCCCCUGCUCCCCGUGGUGUUCCCCAAAUCGAAGUCACUUUCGAUGUUGAUGCCAACGGUAUCUUGAACGUCAACGCUCUUGACAAGACCACCGGCAAGUCCAACAAGAUCACCAUCACCAACGAUAAGGGUCGUUUGUCCAAGGAAGAUAUUGAACGUAUGGUCAACGAUGCCGAGAAGUACAAGGCCGAAGAUGAGGCUGCUGCUGCCCGUAUCAGCGCCAAGAACGGUCUUGAAUCUUACUCUUACAACUUGCGCAACACCCUCCAAGACGAGAAGGUCGGUGGUGCUCUCCCCGCUGAGGAUAAGGAGAAGCUCAACGCUGCUGUUGAUGAGGCUAUCAAGUGGCUCGAUGAGUCCCAGGAAGCUUCCAAGGAAGAAUACGAGUCCAAGCAGAAGGAACUUGAGGAAGUUGCUAACCCCAUCAUGAUGAAGUUCUACCAAGCCAACGGUGGUGCUCCUGGUGGUAUGCCCGGCGCCGCUCCUGGUGCUGCUCCUGGUGGUUUCCCUGGUGCUGGUGCUGGUGCCGCUCCCGCUUCGGGUGACAACGACGGUCCUUCCAUCGAAGAAGUCGAUUAAAUUUCCCACUCCAUCGCUCCAACGAUUCAUUUAUUUUGAUCACUUUCCAUUGUCCCACAUCGAUCCAAAAUUGGGCUAAAAAAAAAAAAAAACUAGAUGUCCCUCUUUUUUUUUAAUGUACCAUAUGCACCUUUUUUUUUCUUAGAUCGUUUUAUUUAAAAAGCAUGUCAAGAAUAAUAAAAAUAAGAAAGGAUGGUCUUUCUAGCUUUUUUUUGUUAGAAUGCAAAAAGAAAAAAAAAA